AAAAGCAAGGCUGUUUAGUUCGAAUAAAGCUAUCUUUGACUGCAGUUUACUGACACCGCUACAACGUGUUUUUAAUCGCUGGCUGUCCAGACGGAAGGUGCUGAAACGCUUUGUCGCGUGUCUGGAAGAAGUGAAAACUUUCCUGGGCAGCAAAGGGCUCACCUUUCCUGAGCUGGAACAGCCAGAGUGGCUGGAAAAGCUACACUUCAUGGUAGACAUGACAGCGCACCUGAACACGCUGAACACAGCUCUUCAGGGGAAAGGACGUACAGCCCUGCACAUGUUGGAGGAUGUUUUGGCAUUCGAGCGCAAGUUGACAGUGCUUGCCAGAGAUUUACAGAAAGGCACUUUGUCUCACUUCCCCAAUUUGAGAGAGUUCAAACAAGGUCACGACAUGAUAAUUUCGGAGUAUUUACAUUCUGCAAUCAUCGCAAUGCAAACAUCGUUUGGGAAACGCUUCUGUGAGUUCAGAGAGGAAAAAAACACAUUAUCCUUCCCGGUCACUCCCUUAAGCAUCGAUCCUUCCCUACUGAAUACGACUGCAUUGGCAGGUGUGAGUCAACCUGAUCUUGAGAUGGAACUGGCCGACAUAGCCGACAAAGACAUAUGGGUGUCCAAGUUUAGACGCUUGACAGCAGACCUUGAAGAUGUUGCCCGUCAGAAGGCCGUUCUUGCUCAGAAACACAAAUGGAGUGAUAUUGAAAACCUCACAGAUGACAGCUUGCGAUCCUGUGUAAAGAUGAAGGUGACAUCAUACAGCCCUGAUGUGCAGACGCUGUGCGCUGAGGUCCAGGAGCAGAAAUCCCAUUAACCAAGAUGACAGCUGGCUGACGUUAUUUUUGGUUUGCUGCUGGCGGAAAAUUUAAGUUCGGCGUUUUUCAUAAAUACAAGAAGGACUCAAAUAGACAUUGAAUAUUUUACUUAAAAGUAACUUUCAACCCAAC